CUAUUUCGUGUGCACAAUUGCAAUUCGUAAGUAGCCCUUAAAGACUAUUAUUAAGUUUAGAUUGAGUUGAAUUGAAUUCAAGUUUGACUUGGAAGACAGCAAAUUUUGAUGGACAAUCUUUUGGUCCAACAGUUAACUGAAGCUCUGGUAACUUAAGUAUAAAUCUUGUUGGACUUUUUAUUUGUUUUGCAAUGCGGACUACUUUAAUUUUUGCACAGUUGAAUGUAUCUUGUAACGGUAUUUAAUUUAACAAAUGCAGGUUCAUGGUUUGAUAUGCUUACAGCUCAAGAACUUCCUUGACAGAAUAUCACAGAUAUUUUCAGCUAUUGAAUGUGCCAGGCCAAGAAGCAGCGCAGGUUUACAAGCAUUAUGUUCAUUGCAUGUUGCUAUGGAAAAAGGAAAGCUGCUCAUCCAGCACUGCUCUGAGUGCAGUAAACUCUACUUGGCAUUUAAAGCAGAUAAGAUACUGUUGAGAUGUGAAAACAUAAGAAGUGCUUUGGAUUUAUGCUUGAGCCAAAUCCAAAAUAUGGUCCCAACAUUUCUGGCUGCCAAGAUAUCUGGAAUUGUUGAAGAUCUUAGGAGAGCAAAGUUUCAGUUGGAAUCUUCGGAAGACGAGGCUGGAAAAGUUGUAAAAGAACUGAUUAGGCAGGAUAUUCCUGCUUCAGAUUCUAUUAACAACUCAGAACUUGAGGCUCUUGAAUUUGCAUCUGUGAGACUGAAAAUUACAUCCCCUUUAGCUGUCUUGAUAGAGAAAAGGUCCAUCAAGAAACUGCACAAUAUAGUUCGUGAUUCAGACCCGAAAAAGAAAAUCUUGGACUAUCUAUAUUAUCUUUUGAGGAAAUAUGGCGAACUGAUUGGGACAUGCCAAACUGAGGGUGGCCUUGCUCAGCACGAGGAACAUAAGUCUCAAACUGAUAAUUCUGCUGCACCUGAACCUCCCCCAGAAUUUAAGUGUCCGAUCUCUAUGAGACUAAUGUAUGAUCCAGUAAUAAUUGCUUCUGGUAAAACAUAUGAAAGAGUUUGGAUUGAGAAAUGGUUCAGUGAGGGGAAUGAUGAAUGCCCAAUGACACAUGUAAGGUUAGAGAAUUUAUUGCUGAUUCCAAACGUUGCAAUGAAGGGCCUCAUUUCAAAGUGGUGUUCAACUCAUGGAAUCACUGUUUCUGAACCAUGUGUACAAUCACUUCCACCUCCAGUUUUCUCACGGAAGCUUUUAUCGUUUAAAUCCAUUUCUAGCAUUGGCAGUUCUAUGUAUGAUUUGCACCUUCAAGUUAGUAAUGUGUCACUUAGAUCUACAGACAUAGCGGAGGAUGAUAACAAAGUUGAUUUUAGUAAAGGACUCCCUCAAAUGACUCAAAUGAAUGCAGGUGGUUGCAUAAACCACUUGUCUGUGAGAGAACGUAGCAUUAGCUUGGCAUCAUUCUCCAAGCUUGAUUCACUUCCAUGGGAAUCCCGAUGCAAGACAGUGCAUGAUAUUAAGGAGCAACUGUACAAAAAUGACCAGGCAUGUGAUUUUAUGUUUGACAACAGUUAUGUGAAGCCACUGGUUAAAUUUCUCAAGGAUGCAUAUGACUUCUGCGAUGUGAAAGCCCAGAAUGAAUCAGCAGAGGUGCUUUUGGCAAUUCUAAAUAAAAGCAGAAUUGAAUUGCGUCCUUUUGAUGAAGAUGCAAUGUAUAUGUUGGCAUCAUUUCUCGACUCCGAAAUCACCGGCAAGGCUCUUGCAAUCUUGGAACUAUUGUCAUGUACACCCUUUUAUAAAUCUGGAAUUGUUGCAUCCGGAGUUCUACCUUCAGUCCUAAAAGUGCUUGAUUCACAGAUUAGGGAAUUCCGUGAACUUUCCAUGAAGAUACUUUACAAUUUGUCACGCAACAGCGAUAUAGCAUACCACAUAGUAUAUUUGGAUUGCAUUGCAAAGUUGGUUCCUUUUCUAGGCGAUCAGAGUCUUUCAGGCUAUUGCCUUGGUAUCUUGGACAUUUUAUGUGACAUUGAGGAAGGUAGGAAUGCAAUUGCUGAAACAAAUUCUUGCAUUGCUUCAAUUGCCACACUCGUAGAAACUGGUACUAAGCAGGAACAAGAAACUGCAAUGGAAAUUUUGUUUUCUCUGUGUCAUCAAUAUGGGGAAUGUUUCCAACAAGUCAUUGGAGAAAGCAUCAUUAAAACUUUAUUCAGUAUAUCUACAUCUAUUAAUGAAAAUCCAGGAGGAAAAAUUUUGGCCACAGAAUUGCUUCAGAUGUUGGGAUAUGCAAUAGAAGGAGAUGUUUCAGAUUGUUCUGUUACUAGUUCUGGCUUGACCAUAAACUCCGCAAGUGACUCUGGCAAUGAUAAUCGCUCUAAGGGAAAAAAGUCACCUUCCAAGGGAUUUGGAUAUAUUGGAAGAAAGAUUACAAGAUUCUUUAAUCAUAGUCAUUAGUUACCAACAAACAGUAGCAUGUAGAAUGCAGCCAGGAAAAUGGUACUCUACCGCCAGUAAAUAUAGUUGGAGAUGCUCCAAAAUAUAUAAUGUAUUCUUUAUUAUUAUUUUUUUGAAAAAAAAUGGUGUAAAAAAUUUUUUGUCGAAUUGCUCUGUAUGUGGUGUAAAUCCAACCGUUCAAUUUUGGUUCUUAUUCUAACUAAUGAAAUAAUGAAAUAAUGCGAUCUUCCUUGUUAGUCAAA